UCCACAUCCCCCUUCUGUUCAGUGAAUUCGACCUGUCAGUUUCUGGCAUUUCCCAGCCAGUCCAGCAACACAGUCCAAAAUGGCUCCGACAGAACAAGGGACCCCCGUAGUCGACAUCCACACCCACAUGUACCCUCCCGAGUACAUCUCGAUCCUCUCCUUACGAGACACCAUCCCCUUGGUCCGGACCUUCCCCUCUUCCCCGGAGCCCCGCCUCAUUCUCCUCGAAGCCGAGCUUCCAGCCCUCGAGCGCGCCUUGCAGGAUCCCUCGGCGCCUCUCCCCGGCCGGCCGCUCACCAAUCACUUCACGUCCCUCGCGCACAAACUCGCCUUCAUGUUCCAUCACAACAUCUCCAUCUCAGUCCUCUCCCUGGCCAACCCCUGGCUCGACUUUCUGUCCCCCACCGAAGCAGGCCCCAUCGCAUCGCAAAUCAACACCUUGUUCGAGGCCAUGUGCGCCACCACCAACAACACCACAACCCAUCUUGCCCAACAACCCCCGACCAGCCGAAAACUCUUCUUCUUCGGCACGCUUCCCCUCACCGCCCCGCCCUCAACAAUCCUCUCCGCGAUCACACACCUCACCACCCUCCCGCACUGCCGCGGCAUCAUCCUCGGCACCUCGGGCCUGGGCAGCGGCCUAGACGACGCAUCUCUCCUCCCCAUCUUCUCUGCCCUCGCGUCCGCCCACCUCCCAAUCUUCCUGCACCCGCACUACGGCCUACCGCCCUCCGUCUUCGGUCCGCAUUCUGAACAGGGCGCCUACGGCCAUGUCCUACCGCUAGCGCUGGGCUUCCCCAUGGAAACGACCAUCGCCAUCGCGCGCAUGUACCUGGCCGGUGUCUUUAACGCGGUUCCCGAGCUGAGGCUGAUCCUCGCGCAUGCCGGGGGUACGCUGCCCUUUCUAGCGGGGCGGAUCGAGAGUUGUGUUUUGCAUGAUCUCAAGCUUGGUGGAGGAGGUGGCGACACGGAAAUGGGGAGAAGGAGAAGGACGGUGUGGGAGGUGCUGAGGGAGCAGGUGUAUCUUGACGCGGUGGUGUACAGCGAGGUCGGGGUCAGGGCGGCGGUGGAGGCGGCCGGGGGUGCGGACAGGCUGAUGUUUGGGACGGAUCACCCUUUUUUUCCCCCUGUUGAGGGGGACAUGGAGGGAGAGUGGGAGAGUGUGAGAUUGAAUGUGACGGCAAUCGAGACGGCGUUGGGGAAGGGGAAUCAGGAGGCGCAGAUGGUGCUUGGGGGCAAUGCGGUUCGGGUGUUGAGGUUGGUCGAGGAGUAGGGGAGGUUGGUGGUUCAUUAUUUCGUCAUUGAUUUGGGGUUACAUGAGAUGUCUACGGACAAAGCUUAGUAUGCGUUCUAAAGACCUGCCGCCUGUAUCACUCACCCCAGCUGUCUAGACCAUGUUUAAUUUCUGCU